AUGCUUAAACUAUUGAAAAAUCUUCGUCUUACUUCUGCCAAGGAAGCGAUGGCCUCAACCGCUCUCUUAGCCGGCAGUGCAGGAUUUUGGCUCGCUAAAAAUAUGAAGAUUCCAGAUAGGCAGCAAUUUCACAUUGAGAGCUCGAGACUUUCUGCACUUAGUGAGCGACCAAAAAUAACAGUUCCACAAAUCCCUACUCACGAUAUCGUCCUUACUGCUUUCGAGGAGCUGCGAAAGGUUAUGCCUUCUGAGCAUGUUUCUAUUGACGAGGAAACUCUUCGCAAUCACGGUUAUUCAAAUAAUUCCUACCAUAAUGAAGGAGCACCUAAUAUCGUUGUCUUUCCAUCAUCCACAGAGGAAGUUGCUGCUAUCGUCAAGAUUGCCAACAAAUUGAACUUACCUAUUAUUCCAUUUUCUGGCGGUACCUCUUUGGAAGGACAUUUUGCGGCACCUAAAGGAGGCAUUUGUAUAGACUUCAAGCAACAUAUGGAUCAAAUUAUUGCUUUUCACCCGGAAGACAUGGAUAUUGUGGUACAGCCGGGUAUGCAAUGGGAAGAAUUGAACGCAUUCCUAAGAGACCAUGAACUAUUCUUCCCAAUGGAUCCUGGGCCAGGUGCAUGUUUGGGUGGCAUGGUAGGCACAUCCUGCUCAGGUACUAAUGCAGUACGUUACGGUACAAUGCGUGAAUGGGUUAUCAAUCUGACAGUAGUAACAGCGGAUGGAAAGAUUUUAAAAACUCGACAAAGACCUCGUAAAUCAUCAGCAGGAUAUGAUUUGACCAAGCUCUUCAUUGGUUCAGAGGGUACUUUAGGCGUUAUUACAGAAAUCACUUUGAAGUUGACUGUCUUGCCUCCUUUUGAAACUGUUGCUGUAUGUGAUUUCCCAACUGUUUGUGAUGCCGCCGCAGUUGUACCUGAUCUGAUGAGGGCAGGUGUACAAAUUGGAGCUGUAGAACUGCUAGAUGCUAAAAUGAUGGAAGCUACCAAUUUGGCUCUCCCCGAUCUUAAGUUUACCAUUAAGCCUACUUUAUUUUUCAAAUUUUCAGGCGGCUCCAAAGAGUUGAUAGACCAUGAUAUACAAAUUGUGUCAGAAAUUGUCAAGAAGCAUCAAGGCGGGCAAUUUGCCUAUGCCAAAAAUGAGAAAGAAAAAGAGACGUUAUGGGAAGCCAGAAAGAUAGCAUUGUGGUCAUCAACUUUACUAAAAGCUAACGCCUCUGUUUGGACAACAGAUGUCGUGGUACCAGUAUCAAAAUUACCUGAGCUAAUAGCAGAAACUACCCAAGAGGUCAAUCAGUCGUUCUUGCCGUGUCCUAUGGUAGGCCAUGUAGGGGAUGGCAAUUUCCAUGUAUUUAUUCUUUUUGAUAAGAAUAACGAAGAGGAGUUUAAUGAAGCAAAACGGAUCAAUAAGAAUCUGCUACAACGAGCUAUUCGUAUGGAAGGAUCAGUGACUGGUGAACACGGUGUGGGCGUUGGUAAAAAGGCUUUCCUGAAUGAAGAAUUGGGCGAGAAUACUGUGGAUUUAAUGAAGAAGAUCAAAAUUGCACUUGAUCCCAAGGGUCUGCUGAAUCCUGAGAAAGUACUGCCUGAUAAAUAA